GCAGCGUGACCUGCGGCGGCUCUGGCUGCGGUACCGGCGGCUGAGAAGACCGGGAACCGCGGGAGUUUCAGGCCUGUCUGCGCUGGCCAUGAGGCUGCUGGGAACCGCCGCCGCCGCGGCUGUGGGGCGCGGGCCGCUGCCUCGGGUCCCUGCCGCCCUCGGCUGGCAGGGGAAGCAGGUUAAUUGGAAGUCCUGCCGAUGGUGUUCAUCAGGGGUAGUUCCUAAUGAAAAAAUACGAAAUAUUGGAAUCUCAGCUCACAUUGAUUCUGGGAAAACCACAUUGACAGAACGAGUCCUUUACUACACUGGCAGAAUCGCAAAGAUGCAUGAGGUGAAAGGUAAAGAUGGAGUUGGUGCUGUUAUGGAUUCCAUGGAACUAGAAAGGCAAAGAGGAAUCACUAUUCAGUCCGCAGCCACUUACACCAUGUGGAAAGAUAUCAAUAUCAACAUUAUAGAUACUCCUGGGCAUGUGGACUUCACAAUAGAAGUCGAAAGGGCCCUGAGAGUGCUGGAUGGGGCGGUCCUGGUUCUCUGUGCUGUCGGAGGGGUGCAGUGCCAGACUAUGACAGUGAAUCGUCAGAUGAAGCGCUAUGGUGUUCCGUUUCUAACUUUCAUCAACAAACUGGACCGAAUGGGCUCCAACCCAACCAGAGCCCUGAAGCAAAUGAGGUCCAAACUAAACCAUAAUGCAGCAUUUGUACAGAUACCCAUUGGGUUGGAGGGUAAUUUCAAAGGUGUUAUAGAUCUUAUUGAGGAACGAGCCAUCUAUUUUGAUGGAGACUUUGGUCAGAUUGUUCGCUAUGGUGAAAUUCCAGCUGAAUUAAGGGCAGAGGCAGCUGACCACCGGCAGGAGCUCAUCGAAUGUGUUGCCAAUUCAGACGAGCAGCUUGGUGAGAUGUUCUUGGAAGAAAAAAUCCCCUCAAUUUCUGAUUUAAAGCUUGCCAUCCGAAGAGCUACUCUAAAUAGAUCAUUUACGCCUGUUUUUAUGGGAAGUGCCUUGAAGAACAAAGGAGUCCAGCCUCUGUUAGACGCCGUUUUAGAGUUCCUCCCCAACCCAUCUGAAGUCCAGAAUUACGCUAUUCUUAAUCAGGAGGAUGACUCAAAAGAGAAAGCCAAAAUCUUAAUGAACUCCAAAAGAGAUAAUUCCCACCCAUUUGUGGGCCUGGCUUUUAAACUGGAGGCAGGUCGAUUUGGACAGUUAACUUAUGUCCGCAUUUAUCAGGGACAGCUGACGAAGGGUGACACCAUCUAUAACACAAGGUCAAGAAAGAAAGUGCGGGUGCAGCGGCUGGUCCGCAUGCAUGCGGACAUGAUGGAGGAUGUUGAGGAAGCGUAUGCUGGAGACAUCUGUGCGUUGUUUGGCAUUGACUGUGCUAGUGGAGAUACAUUCACCAACAAAGACAACAGUGGCCUUUCGAUGGAGUCAAUUCAUGUUCCUGACCCUGUCAUUUCAAUAGCAAUGAAGCCUUCUAAUAAGAAUGAUCUAGAAAAAUUUUCAAAAGGUAUUGGCAGAUUUACAAGAGAAGAUCCCACAUUCAAAGUGCACUUCGACACUGAGAGCAAAGAGACAAUUGUGUCUGGAAUGGGAGAAUUACACCUGGAAAUCUACGCUCAGAGGAUGGAAAGAGAAUAUGGCUGUCCUUGUAUCACGGGAAAGCCAAAAGUUGCCUUUCGAGAGACCAUUACUGCCCCUGUCCCAUUUGAGUUUACACAUAAAAAACAAUCGGGCGGUGCAGGCCAGUUUGGAAAAGUGAUAGGUGUGCUGGAGCCUCUGGACCCAGAGAACUACACCAAGUUGGAGUUUGCAGAUGAAACAUUCGGAUCAAACGUUCCAAAGCAGUUUGUGCCUGCUGUAGAAAAGGGGUUUUUAGGAGCCUGUGAGAAGGGCCCUCUCUCUGGUCACAAGCUGUCUGGGUUCCGGUUUGUCCUGCAGGAUGGAGCCCACCACAUGGUUGAUUCCAAUGAAAUCUCCUUCGUCCGAGCAGGAGAAGGUGCUCUUAAACAAGCCUUGGCAAACACAACAUUAUGUAUUCUUGAACCGAUUAUGGCUGUGGAAGUUAUAGCCCCAAAUGAUUUUCAGGGAUCAGUGAUUGCAGGAAUUAACCGGCGCCAUGGGGUGAUCACUGGGCAAGAUGGAACAGAGGACUACUUUAUACUCUACGCAGAGGUCCCUCUGAAUGAUAUGUUUGGUUAUUCUACUGAACUUAGGUCAUGCACAGAGGGGAAGGGAGAAUACACAAUGGAGUACUGCCGGUAUCAGCCGUGCUUGCCAGCCACGCAAGAAGAUCUUGUUAAUAAGUACUUGGAAGCUACCGGGCAACUUCCUGUGAAAAAGGGGAAAGCCAAGAACUAACUUUCCUCACUGUGAGUUGACCAACCUUAACUGAAUCUGCAAACUUUAACUGUAUCCAUCUUUGAUGGAUUCCAGAGGAAUAAAUUCAGCCGGCUGAAACCAGAAACGUUGGAGGCCCUUCCUAUUCCCAUCCAGGAGCUUCUCUUAUCUUCAAAGAUAAGUCUAUGCAUGGUUCAGCUCUGUUGACUGGUUUUAUAGGUCACUGGAAAAUCUUAAAUAAACUAUGAUUAUUACUGAAA